CGGCCUGGUCUCUCUCCAUCAUCGGUCCCGUGAAAAUGACUCGCCGCGAUCGCGCAUCUCUCGACUCGCCUCGAGACGGGACCGAUUAAUUAUUUUACGGGCCCGAAGGGACCCUCGCUUUUCGCGACGCGAAAAAUUUCACCGGCGGUUUCUGUGAUUUCCUCAAAAAUGGCGGAUCGAUGAUCGUAAUUAGAAUAGCCUAAUUCGAGGCAGAGGAACAUCGUCGCUCGCGAGCGCUAAUCGCCGGCGAGGAUUGAUAAAGGCACCUUGGAAUCAUCCUGUGCAAACUCGCGAGAGCGGUGUGUACGGCAACGGCACUGUGUGUGUGUAUAAUAAAGGGGCGCGUAAUCACACUACGUCACGGCGGGGCAAAUGUUCCCGACGAGCUUUCGCGAGAUCCCGCCACCGAGCAGCAAACCCGAAAAGAACCGUCGCCGGCAGGAACGUGACGACACCUCGGCAUCCUCGCCGGUCCGUUUCCGGUACGGAUACCGGUCGGGCGGUCGCCGUCGCGAUGAAGUGAGCAAUCUGUCGUCGGAUUCGUCAACUUUCGUGACGAUGUAUCGCGAUUAUUGGCUGUGCUCACAUCUAAACGCUUAAGAAGAAAAAAAAAAAAAAAAAAAGAAACGUGUAAACGACAGUGUUCAACGACGCGCAUUCUGCUUCGAUCAAUUUCUUCGUUUCGACGAGAGACACCGGAAACUGAAAUUGACAGAGAGAGAGAGAGAGAGAGAGAGAGAAUAACGUUAAAGGGAAUAGAUCGGGGUCGACAGACAAGGCUGCGACAACGAGACGGCUACGAGAACGAGAACGAGGAUAACGACGACGAUGACGAUACGAUAGGCGGUUAGUUAAACGACAAUGAUAAGGGUCGCGAUAGAACAAAUAGUGCAAUUGCGACAUAUAUAGCACGUUGGUAGUUUCCGUAUAUAAAUUAUCCCCCAUAUAUAUAGAAAUAUAUAUAGCGCACAAAUAUAUACAUACGAAGCAAACAUUUGUAAAUAUCGCGAUACGCAUACAUAAUUAUAAAUAAGCUCACUCGCACGGGCGUGUCGAUUGACAAGCAAUAGCAGCAAUAAAGGGAACAUUGUUAUCUCGUGUUAUACACUGUCGGUCCAGUGAUUCCUGUUACACUGUGUUCGAAAGAGCUCGUUAAUUGUUAAACCGCUCGACGAGUUAUUCACUUAUUUCACACGAGGACCGCGUGGAAAAGAGUACAUCGACGACAAGAUGGCGUUCGCCGCGGCGAGGAUGAUCCUCAAGGACAAGCGCAGGAAAGCCAGCAAGGAAGACUUCGCACCGCGAAACCGGAGCAAGGCUCGCAGCGCCAGUACAAGUAGCUUUAGAAGCCUGAGCCAGGCACGCAACAAACCGGCGGAUGGCGUGGGUCAUGUAAACCAAAAAGGUGCUUCCGGUCAAAAGGCGCCAGUGGCUGGACAAAAGGUCGCACCAGGCACUAAGGGCGCGGCGAAGCCGGCCCAGAAGCCGUCAGCUCAGAAAGGCCAAGUGAAAGUGACACCCAAGGCGGCCUCCGUAAAGACCGGCAAGAACAAAAAGAAGGGACAGCGACAACAAUACGAUCUCAUCGUUACCAUCAAUCUGUCUGAGUAUGGGCUCACGGAAGAUCAGGUAGCAGAAUUCAAAGAGGCAUUCAUGCUCUUCGACAAAGAUGAGGACGGUACGAUUACGAUGGCGGAAUUAGGGGUUGUCAUGCGAUCUCUCGGUCAAAGACCGUCGGAGACGGAACUACGCGACAUGGUGAACGAGGUGGAUCAAGACGGGAACGGUACCAUCGAAUUUAAUGAGUUCCUGCAAAUGAUGUCGAAGAAGAUGAAAGGUGCCGACGGGGAGGACGAACUUCGCGAAGCGUUCCGAGUGUUCGAUAAGAACAACGACGGAUUAAUCUCCUCCAAGGAACUUCGACACGUAAUGACGAAUCUCGGUGAGAAACUGUCCGAGGAGGAGGUCGACGACAUGAUUAAGGAGGCGGAUCUAGAUGGAUCUGGAAUGGUCAAUUACGAGGAAUUCGUGACGAUCCUAACGUCGAAAAAUUAGUUCGGAGAUCGAAGUAAGAUAGACUCGCACGGAGAUACCAAAAGUACCAGAAGAUCUCUGACGGAGGAGGGAUAAACGGAUCCGCCGCCCAAGUUCCUUGACUUCCCGGGAUCGUGACGAGAGGUCGUUUCACGCCCCGUAGAGCUGCAAAAUCCAAGGUGUCGGGGAGAGAAGCCAAAAACUCGAUCCAUCCGAUCGAGCGUCAACCGCGAUGUGCGACGCCGUAAAAUCGCAGAAAAUGCGAGAAUUGCGAAAGAAGGCGCACCGAUUUUACGAUACCGCUUUGAGGGAUAAGUGCCGAUGGUUUCCGAGCGUAAGUAGCGCCAGUAGAAAACUUGAAAGUCUUUGGAUCACUCUCGGGAGAUUACGCGCGUAAUUAUCGCGAAUACGCCUUUGACCUUAGCUGGAAAACCAAAGAGGAGAGACUUACUUCCUCGCGAAUUUCACGCGCAUUAUAUAAACACACACGGACACACCUCGCACUCCUUCGGACUAAUUUUAGACGAGUACAUGAAUUGUAGGCACGAUAACGUAUUAUUACACGGUAAAUAAAGGAGUUAUGUCAAAAGGAGAAGACGAUUGGGAAGAGGGGAGGGGAAGGGGUGACCUGUCGCCAUCCGGAACAAUCAACCGAGCUUCGUUUAGACUUUUACGUACCCCUAAUCUUUAUCUCCCCUUUUACGAAGCGAUUUAGGAAUUAAAUAGCUUUCCACGUCAUUGAACGCUCUCGCGAGAAAGUCCCGGAGUAUACUAGUAUAUGUACACGAUAUGUUUACAUAAUACAUAUAUAUAUAUACGUAUUAUUAUUAUACGAUAUCGCUCUCGGUUUGCGUUGCACGCGUUUCCUUGAAACGCAACGCUCAUGAAAGAUACUUCGAGUGUUUUUACCGCUUGUAUUACACGCAGAUUUGCGUAAUCCAAAGUAGUGAUACACACAUACACACACA